AUGAUGCCCGCUGGCCCUCCCCCGCCUCAGCAAGCCGCUCCUCCCGUUACCGCUGCCGGCCCGUCGACUGCCCCUCCUCCUCCGACCCAUCCCGCCUCGACAGCUAUGGCGCUGGACGACGGUGGAGCCGGUAGCAAGGCGAAGCGCGAGCUCUCGCAGUCGAAGCGCGCCGCGCAAAACAGAGCUGCCCAGAGAGCCUUCCGCCAGCGCAAGGAGCAUUACAUCAAGAAGCUGGAGCAGCAGGUCCGGGACUACAUGGAGAUGGAGCAGAGCUACAAGGCGAUGCAGUCAGAGAACUACGCCCUUCGCGAAUACGUCAUCCACCUGCAGUCGCGGCUGCUGGACGCCCAGGGCGAGAUCCCGCAGCCCCCUCCCAACGUCAACCUCGCGCAGCCCCCCAUGCCGCCCGCCUCCGCCGCGACGAGCGCCCCCGAGGUGGCGCCCAGCAAUCCGGCCGCCGGCACGCCGCUCGAGGCCGUCGCGCAGGCCGUCGCAGGACUGGCCGCCCAGGAGCAGCUCGCGGGACGCCAGCAGUUUGAAAAGGCAUUCUCGCCGGAGCAGCAGGGCAAGGACGAGACACGGCGCGAGGGCGAGGAGAUUGACAGCCAGCUUCAGCAGGACGGCCUUCCGGCUGCGCCGACCGCGUCGAUGUAG